ACACGCAGUCGACCGACCGCAGAAUCCCACACCCACGUCGCUGUAGUCCGCAGGCACGUCGUUCAUCAAAAUGCUGAAGCUGGUGCUGGUGAUUUUAGCUGUGUCGGGCGCCGCCUUGGCCGCCUCUGUCGAUGACAGCAGCGUCCAGAGGUCAAAGAAAGCGGUCGACCCUCUGGUCACAGGGGCGGCCUACAACCCGUACUACGCUGCCAUUGCGGACCGCUACGCCACCCCCGGCCUGGGCUACACAGGGGCCUACCCCUAUUCAGCAGCCUACAACACCCUGGCUGACGGCUAUCCCUACCGUGCGGCAUCUUACCCUUACACAGCUAAAACGUAUCCCUACACUGCUGGAACUUACCCCUACACAGCUGGGACAUACCCCUACACAGCUGGGACCUACCCCUACAGUGCAGGGCUAAGAGGUUACCCGUACACUGCUGGAGUUUACCCAUAUACUGCUGCAGCUGGAGUUCUCCCCUAUGCUGGAUAAGGAAGCCUUUUUGAACAACGUUCUGCAUAUUCAAUCAAUGCUCUGUACAACUAUUACCAAUAUCCUUUAGUGUAACAUUUCAUACUUGAUUAGCCAAAUAAAAAUAACUGUGGAGAAA